AAGAGACAUGUCCUCUCCCAGAAUCCUACUCUUUAUUCUGUACCUUCAGAGAGGAAUAAAGGCCCAGCAGAGCACGCAGCCUCACUCAAUAAAGAUAGAUGGAGAUAUCACGUUGGGGGGGCUUUUUCCUGUUCACGCCAAGGGUCCGGCAGGUGUACCCUGUGGAGAAGUGAAGAAGGAGGCUGGAAUACAUCGCAUGGAGGCAAUGCUCUAUGCCUUGGAUCAAAUAAAUGGAGAUCCAGAACUCCUUCCUAACCUGACUCUUGGGGCACGCAUUCUCGACACUUGUUCCCGAGACACCUAUGCUCUGGAGCAGUCUCUCACCUUUGUACAAGCACUGAUACAGAAAGACACCUCCGACAUUCGCUGUGCUAAUGGAGAGCCACCCAUCCUCAGCAGGCCGGAGAGGGUGGUGGGAGUGAUCGGAGCCUCGGCCAGCUCCGUCUCAAUCAUGGUCGCCAAUGUCCUGAGACUCUUUGCUAUUCCUCAGAUCAGUUACGCCUCCACGGCCCCUGAACUCAGUGACAAUAAUCGCUACGAUUUCUUCUCUCGGGUGGUGCCCCCAGACUCCUAUCAAGCUCAGGCCAUGGUGGACAUUGUCAAAGCCCUUGGUUGGAAUUAUGUGUCUACGCUGGCAUCAGAAGGCAACUAUGGCGAGAGUGGUGUGGAGGCCUUCGUUCAGAUUUCACGUGAAGCUGGGGGUGUGUGUAUCGCCCAGUCCAUCAAGAUCCCACGGGAGCCACGUCCUGGAGAGUUUGAUAAGGUGAUCCGGAGGCUGCUGGAGACGCCCAACGCUCGGGGAAUCAUUAUAUUCGCCAAUGAGGAUGAUAUCAAGCGGGUUCUAGAGGCCACCCAACGAGCUAAUCAAACAGGACACUUCUUGUGGGUGGGAUCCGAUAGUUGGGGCUCCAAGACAUCUCCUGUCCUGAGGCUGGAAGAGGUGGCAGAGGGGGCUGUGACCAUCCUACCAAAAAGGGCAUCUAUUGACGGGUUUGACCAGUAUUUUACAAGUCGGACGUUGGAGAAUAACCGGCGAAAUAUCUGGUUUGCAGAAUUUUGGGAGGAUGAUUUCAAGUGUAAACUCACCAGGUCUGGAGCCCCACCAGAAGAGGCAAGACGCAAGUGUACCGGGGAGGAACGGAUCGGAAAGGACUCUCCGUAUGAGCAGGAGGGAAAGGUUCAGUUUGUAAUUGAUGCCGUAUACGCUAUGGCACACGCGCUACACAUCAUGCACAUGGAGCUGUGUGCCGGGAGCCUCGGUGUCUGCAACAAGAUGGACCCCAUGGAUGGAAGACUGCUUCUCCAAUAUAUCCGCAGGGUGAACUUUAACGGAAGCGCUGGAACACCGGUGAUGUUCAAUGAGAACGGUGAUGCCCCAGGCCGCUAUGAUAUAUUUCAGUAUCAGAUGACGAAUGAUUCUGCUCCAUCUUACCGAGUAAUCGGACAGUGGACAGAGUAUCUAAGACUCAAUAUUGAAGAGAUGCAGUGGUAUGGUGGCCAAUCGGACAUCCCUUCCUCUGUCUGCAGCCUUCCAUGUCAACCUGGGGAGCGAAAGAAAAUGGUAAAGGGGGUAUCGUGUUGUUGGCACUGUGAGCUGUGUGACGGGUACCAGUACCAGUUUGAUGAUUUCACCUGCCAGGAGUGCCCUUUCGAUAUGAGGCCUAAUGUUAACCGUACGGCCUGCCGCCCCACCCCCAUUGUCAAGCUGGAGUGGCAUUCACCCUGGGCCAUUCUGCCACUUUUUCUCAGCAUUUUGGGGAUUCUGAGCACUCUAUUUGUGGUGGGAACGCUUGUGCGUUUUAAUGAUACCCCCAUUGUGCGAGCGUCUGGACGAGAAUUGAGCUAUGUUCUGCUCACUGGCAUUUUCCUGAUGUAUGCAAUCACAUUUCUGAUGAUGGCUGAACCUGGUGUGGCCGUUUGUGCCCUACGUCGACUUUUCUUGGGCCUUGGGAUGUGCAUCUCCUAUGCUGCUCUCUUGACUAAAACCAACAGGAUCUACCGUAUCUUUGAGCAAGGGAAAAGGUCAGUGACUCCACCGCGUUUCAUCAGCCCUGCCUCUCAGCUGGCAAUCACAUUCAGCCUCAUCUGUGUUCAGCUGGUUGGCACAGCCGUCUGGCUGGCAGUACUGCCCCCACACAGUGUUAUUGACUAUGAGGAGCAGCGUACGCCUAACCCGGAGUUAGCCAGCGGCGUCCUAAAAUGUGACAUGUCUGACCUGUCGCUGGUUAGCUGCCUGAUGUACUCUAUCUUGCUUAUGGUAACCUGUACAGUGUAUGCAGUGAAGGCCCGGGGAGUGCCUGAGAACUUCAACGAGGCCAAACCCAUUGGCUUCACGAUGUACACCACUUGUAUUGUGUGGUUGGCAUUUGUUCCCAUCUUCUUCGGCACUGCGCAGUCUGCAGAGAAGAUCUACAUCCAGACCACCACGCUGACAGUGUCCAUGAGCCUGAGUGCGUCUGUCUCUCUGGGAAUGCUCUAUGUGCCCAAGGUUUACAUCAUCCUCUUCCACCCAGAGCAGAAUGUGCAGAAACGGAAGAGAAGCUUUAAAGCAGUGGCAACGGCAGCCACCAUGUCCACCAGACUGUCACAGAAAAACAGCGAGCGGCAGAACGGGGAAAGCAAGCCCACCGAAAAAAGCCUGCCUGAAAGCAAGUGAUUCACAUGGAGAAUUAUGUGAAACAGCGCACCUGGCACCUCAUCUGAGGCCAAGUUAUACAGUAACCAAGACUGUAAGUGGCUGCCGGCCCUGGAAAUGAUGUUCACACAGCAGGAGUGCAGAAUGAGAACGGGCAUGGCAACAUUACAAUUCCCCUGCCAAAAACCCCUUCUAGUACAAUUAACCCCCUCCCUGCCGAAUACCCUUCCUAGUAUAAUUAACUCCAUCCCUGCCAAAUACCCCAACUAGUAUAAUUAACCCCCUCCCUGCCAAAUACGCUCCUAGUUCAAUUAACCCCCUCCCUGCCAAAUACCCCUCCUAGUACAAUUAACACCCUCCUAGUUCAUUUAACCCCCUCCCUGCUAAAUACCUAUCCUAGUAUAAUUAACCCCCUCCCUGCCAAAUACCCCUCCUAGUACAAUUAAACCCCUCUUUGCCAGGUACUCCACCCGGUACUAUUAACCCCCUACCCCCUGCGAAAUACCUCUCCUAGCACAAUUAACCCCAUCCCUGCCAAAUACCUCUCCUAGCAUAAUUAACUCAAUGUCUGCCAAAUUCCUCUCCUAGUACAAUUAACCCCCUCCCUGCCAAAUACCCCAUCUAGUACAAUUAACACCCUCCCUGCCAAAUACCCUUCUUAGUAUAAUUAACCCCCUCCCUGCCAAAUAC